CGCACCGAGGCGUGUGCGUACCCCACUCUCCGUACUUCCAGCGGGGGCUGCGCAGCCGCCUGGAGCUCCUUCGCCACACGCGCCUCCCACUCCGUCACCCCGCCCCACACCCUCAGUCCCGUCUGAUCCGAUCGUGCUGUAGUCGUAGGGCUUGUUCGGUAGUCUCUGUCCCUUAGUUUAUACAAGCAGCCACUUCUUGAGGGGAAAAAAAAGCCAGAAAGGAAGAAAGGAGACUCUUGAAACGUGAACUCCUUCUGGCAAUUGUCUUUCUGGUUGGUCAACAAAAGGACUUUCCAAACCCAAGGAAUGCAGAAACCCCAGCCCUCCUAGUCCCUCAAGCCUUCAAUUUCUACCUAGCAACACACACUCUGACCUCGCCUUAUUGGCCAGCUUGAAUCGUUAUCUGCAAUUCUGAUUGGUCUUCUAUGAUCUUGCAGUUUUUAUUUAUUUUUUUUAAUUGACGAAGCAGCCAAGGGGAUUCCCCCCUCCCCCCUGGGUUGCUCCGCAAGGGAGGCUAGAGAGGCGGGGUCGUGUCAGUGGGAUUCCUUUUCCCGGGCCGCUUCUGAUUGGGCUCGUGGUACAAUGCGCGCGGCCCUUCAGACACCAAGCUCUUGGGAGGCUGGACCCUGACUUCUCCGUGCUCCCCGUUUGUAAAGCGAAGUGCGGCGAAGAGACUUCGGGUUUGGCCUGUUGCAAGGGGGCGGGGAGCUGGGCGUAAGGGAGCUUGCAGCUGGGCGGCGCUACGGCCUACGGUUGGGGUGCACGGACUGCGAUCACCUCGGUUCCCCAGCUCCCGGCCCAGAAGUCAACAAAUGCUGUUAAGUGCAAACAAAGAGCUGGGAUGAAGACAAGCCCCCUAGACCCUUUUUAGCAGGUGUUCCCGCCUACCCCCUUCCGCUUCCGAGUCAGGGAGGUGUGUCCGAACGAAAGGAGGAAACAAGAGCCGCCGGCGUUUAGACGCCGGCCACGAUUCCUUAGUUACGGCCUUAGUUUUCGUGGGUUUUUCUCACCCGGGAGUCGCCGCUUUGGGAAAUCAAUUAAUCUCAGGUUUUGCUGUUCCCAUAUCUACUUCCUGAUCAGAUGCUUGCACUUCCAGAGAUUAAAAAAUAACUGGAGAGAAGAAAGGAAGGGGCUGUAGUAGAAUCAAGCAAUCAUUCCCUGAGAGGCCUCCUGAAGAAGGAGAAUUUCCUUGCUUUUUAAAGUCAGCUGCCAAAAUUGGCUGCCUCGCUCCUAUUCCUAGAGCUUCGGUUAUUCUUUCACGUCCCAAUUCCUCAAGAGCAGUGGGCGACAGAGUAUGGAGAAACGCCUGCAGGAGGCUCAGCUGUACAAGGAGAAAGGGAACCAGUGUUACCGGGAAGGGAAGUACCGGGAUGCUGUAAGUGGGUACCAUCGAGCUCUGCUGCAGCUGCGGGGUCUGGAUCCGAGUCUGCCCUCCCCGAUACCUAAUCUGGGACCUCAGGGCCCCGCCCUCACACCUGAACAAGAAAACCUACUGCACACCACCCAGACAGAUUGCUACAACAACCUGGCUGCCUGUCUCCUUCAGAUGGAACCAGUAAACUAUGAGCGAGUGAAAGAAUACAGCCAGAAAGUCCUGGAGCGGCAGCCUGAUAAUGCCAAGGCCUUGUAUCGGGCUGGAGUGGCCUUUUUUCACCUGCAGGACUAUGACCAGGCCCGGCACUACCUCAUGGCUGCUGUCAAUAGGAAGCCCAAAGAUGCCAAUGUCCGGAGGUACCUUCAGCGGACACAGUUGGAACUCAGCAGCUACCAUCGGAAAGAGAAGCAGCUCUACCUGGGCAUGUUUGGUUAAAGGAAGAACAAUGCCCUUCCAGUUGAACUUAGAUGAACCAUUAAAGACCCAUCAAAGGGAAACCUGAGCCUCAGCAAGAGAAGUUAACCCCAUACCUCUGACUGAGGUGAACUUCUGUUUUGUUUCUAGUGCUGCCCAAACUUCUAUCACUUGCAUAGUCUGUGUUUUUGUUUCUCCAUCUUUCUAUUUAUAUGGCUUUUAAUAUAUGGUAUUAUAUAUCAGAAACAUUUGCCUUGAGAAAUACAACCAGAAAACAUUCAUCAGCUAUGGGUGGAUUAAUCAGAGCUCUGGCAUAGAUUUUGAUGAUAGAUGUUGGUAGAUGUAGUCAUGUACAAAGGAGAAGGCUUAGCAGAAGAUGAAGUAAUAAGGACAGGCAGAAAGCAGUUUUUUUCCUUCAUUUCCUCAGAUUCCUAAAGCCAAAAUGGGAAGCCUUUACACAGGUCACAAACUGGCAAAUAUAUGCUGUGAAACUAGACAAUUAUAGAUUGGACCCACAUGCCUCAAAAUGAAAGAUUUAAAAGUAACUGCUUGAUUAACUCCUUUUUCUUAAUGUUCCACAUACAUCGAGAUUCUUUAUCCUCCACAAAAGUAUCUAGUUCCUCUUGUUUCUCUGGAUAAUUUCUAGCUAUUGUAGCCUUGCUAUUGUUCACACUCAGAUCAUUAAUAUAGUAUACUUAUUUAUUUUUUUCUAUUAAACCCUUCUAUCUUAAAACCCCUGGAGUCAAGCAUCUAAGUAUAUAUUUUAUAACCGUUCAAAAAGACCUCAUGCCAGAAAACUCAUUAACACUUUAAUUUUUAAUAGGUGCAUACCUGUAGCAUGCUCAUUUCUCUAAUAAAGGAAAGACAGUUUACCAAGUCUUCUGAAAACGAUACAAUAAAGAACAGGAUAGAAACAUAGAUCUGUUUUUUACCUGUCACCUUGUAUUUCUUAAGAACUCCAUUCCUUAAAGAGGAGGGAAAGUGAGGAAAGGUUCUCUUUGCUUUGUGCCUUUUAAGCACCGACAGAACUUUCUGGAAACUUGGUGCAGGCUGCAGGUGCAGGCUGCAGAUCUGGUCCAGAUGGCUCAGUAGGAGGCUUCCUCAACCGGGAGCUCCUUUCUCAUUUUGCACACUUAUUCUAAUGUCCACAGUGUAUGAGUUAUACAGAGCAGAUGAGAUCAUAAUAGCUCUGUGUCUAUAUUUAUGAAUGAAAGUAAUAAGUAUAUGUCAUUAGCCAUCAUAUAAACACAGUUUUCAGACAAAAACUUCUUGGUCUUGCCAAGUGUACACGAGCUCCUCCCUCUUAAUCAGUAAUGUGUCUCUCUCAAUGAGCUAGGCUCCUCUCUAUGUCUCCCUGUACUCUUAAAUAGUACAACCAUCAGCUUAUAACAAAAAGUCUUUUUUUUUUUUUUUUUUAAACAAAAAGUCUUUAUACCAAAUAGUCUUUUAAGUCCAAGGACACAGCUAACAAAAGAGGAAUAUUUUAUUCCUCUUCCAAGCUUCUUAAAUUUCCAAGCCUAGACUGUUGCCAAAUUAUGUCAUGGUUAUGUGUUAUCUUUGGGGCUGGUUUUGCUUUCUGAUUUUAUUUUUUUUUUUCCCCCGAGACUUGAUGUUACAGUAAGCUAUGUUCUGUAUCAAUGAGGAAAAAAUAAAGCUGAUAUUUAAAAAUGUA